AGCGGGACUGCGCCCGGGCGCUGAUCUCGGUGUGACAGCUCAGCGCUGUCCACGUCAACACACCGAGCGAGAGAGCGAGCAGCGAUGGACUCCACGUCUCCGGAACCUUCUCUCUACACAGUGAAAGCUGUUUUCAUUCUGGACAAUGAUGGCAACAGACUUUUGUCAAAGUACUACGACCCUGAGCUCUACCCCUCCAUGAAGGAACAGAAGAUCUUUGAGAGCAACAUUUUCAACAAGACUCACAAAGCAGACAAUGAGAUAGCGUUCCUGGAGGGGAUGACCAUCGUCUAUAAGAGCAGUAUAGAUCUCUUCUUCUACGUGGCGGGAAGUGCUCAGGAGAAUGAGCUGAUGCUGAUGUCCGUACUGAACUGCCUGUUUGAGUCCCUCAGUCAGAUCCUCAGGAAAAACGUGGAGCGGAGGUGUUUACUGGACAACAUGGAGGGAGUGUUACUGGUUGUGGAUGAAAUUAUUGAUGGAGGGGUGAUCCUGGAGAGUGAUCCGCAGCAGGUCCUACAGAAGGUCAACUACAGGGCGGAUGACAACCCAUUAUCGGAGCACAGCGUGGCCCAGCACAUAACAGAGAAGCUGGCUCUGACCACUAACGUUCUGCAGUCGGCCAAGGAGCAGAUCAAAUGGUCCAUACUGAAAUGACCCGUUCUAAUUCUUAUGUAAGUCUAGGAGUGAAGAGAAGGUGGCUACAAGCCUUUUAGCCAAGAGGCUGCUUCUAAAGCACUAACCAGCCAGUAGUAGACAUUUUGUGUUUUGGCCUUUUGUUACAUUGUGUUUGACAUGUAUUAAUUUAUUUGGUUUGAGAGAGUUAUGUUAGUUCAUACUCUUGUAGAUUUGUCAUUUGACGGGCCAAAGGACAUCAGGGAAAGAAAGGAGAAGACUUGGUUCCAGCUGUGCUUCUGUAAAGUUUGGUUAGUGAUCAAUAACUUUUAUUUUGAAAUCAACUUUUAUUUGGAAAAAAAAGAAAAAUACAGCUUUUUCCCAAAAUGUUACAAUCUAUUUAGGGAAAUAAACAUUCAUUUUCAUCUUAAAUCAGAAUAGAUACUGGAAAAAAGUUAAAUAUCACAUCACAAGAUAAAGGUAUUUUCAUUUGAAACAUGUCAUUUACAAAAAUAUAAGUUCAAAUCUUUUGUGCACUGAAAUGCUGAGUUUAGUAAAGUUAGAUUCAUAGAGCCUUUUAAAGGAAUGUAAUGACGCCUUGUUAUGACACUAAAGAAAUGUUAGCACCAUGUGGCCACAUGUUACUGCGGCACUGUCCGGCAAUCCUUCAUUUUUUAUAAAGUUGAAUGAUUAUGAAGCUAAAUAAGGAUCCAAACAUAUCAUUUUAAUAGUCAAAGGGACAUUGAAGGUUAAGAAAAAAUGCAGAUAAUUUUAUGGACAGAGUUAUAAAGAAUAUAAUGUGUAUUUUCUGAAAGCUAGCUAUUAAAUAUUUUCUUAGUUAAAAAAGCCAAAGACAUUUUGUUUACAUUUGGAUGUUGUGAGACUGACGAUUAAUAAAACAUUUGUCCUCAUUCA